AGCAAAGCAUAGGACCACCUUAGCUCUGAGAAAUUUCUCAAUAAGCCAGAGAGAGGCAGGCCGAGGUCAGUUCAUCAGUGUGUGUCACAUUGAACGCUGUUCUAGAUAGGUGUCGUGGUUUGUUUUGGCGGGACCAUAUAUCAAAACAAUGAAACUCAAAUCGGAACUAAUGAUCCAGCCGUCUGGCGAGGUGUGGCAGAAAAUAAGAGCCGAGUUAAAAGAGGAUGUCAAUACCAGAGACAAAGAUCUGGCUACUAUUAAGGAGUGGUUGCGAAAACAACCACAUUUACCUGACCAAUGGGAGGAUAACCCCUUGAUGACGUUCCUGCGUGGCAGCAGUUUUUCAUUAGAAAAAUGCAAGAGGAAACUCGACAUGUACUUUACAAUGAGGGCCGCCUGUCCAGAGUUCUUUACGAACAGAGAUGCCACUAGCGCAGCCUUACGCGACGUUCUGCGCUCAAAGCUCCAAGGCCCACCACUACCAGGAGUCACGCCGAAUGGGAGACGUGUCACAAUAUGCAGAGGUCUUGACUCAAGCCUCUCUCCCCAACAAGUAACAGACACCCUGAAGUUGGCUCUUAUGAUAGGAGACGUGCGACUGAUGGAAGAGACAGAAGGUGUCGCUGGAGACAUUUAUGUCUUGGAUGGAGCUGUCCUAGGACCGAGCUUGUUGGCAAAACUUGCACCUUCUACUGUCAAGAAGUUCAUGAUUUGUGUUCAAGAAGCCUAUCCAGUCAAGUUAAAGGAGAUUCACAUCAUUAACACCUCACCGAUCGUUGAACGAUUCGUCACAUUCGUGAAACCUUUUCUAAAAGAAAAAAUAAGGAAACGCAUUUUCAUUCAUAGAGAUUUAAAAGAUCUAUACAAAUACGUACCGCAAGAGAUGUUGCCCAUAGAAUAUGGAGGACAAUGUGAAACCAUGGAUUCUUUACAAGAAAAAUGGACACAAAAGCUGGUGGAGUACCGAGAAUGGUUCAAGGCUCAAGAUGCCCUGAUCGCAAAUGAAUCCCUACGUGCCGGGAAACCUACCAACUACGAUGAACUGUUCGGCAUAGAUGGUUCCUUCCGUCAACUAGCGAUUGACUGAUUGUCAUACUAACAAACUAGAACUCCAAAACAAAAGUCAAAUCCAAAAAUAUCAUCUUAAAUAACGCGAAUUUCAUGUCAACCCGUUGACAUGUUUGUUUUUUGCCAAUUAUAACUGCAUGUCGCAGAUUUGUUUUGUAAACUUAGAAAUAUACCAUGACUUUUCUGGAGGUGCUACUACUAAGUUGUAUUCGUAGAUAAAUAAAUUUAAUAUUAAGUUUAAUCCGUGAAACAGAGCACUUAACGUGUUCAUAAACACUGCUUUUGCAUUUAAAGGGUAAUUAAUUGCUGCAAUCUAUUUGUAUUUUGAGCAAGCGUACGGCAGAAGAUCAAACUACACUUGCUUUAUGAGAAGUUAAAAACAUCACUACUUCUAAGAAAUUUUAAAAAUUGCAAUUUAUAGCUAUCCUCCAAUGAGGGGCAGGGAUAAUCUUGAGGCAUGUAGGCAAUCGUCCUUCUGUGCCUAUUUUCGAAAAUAAUAAUUAUUUCCCCGGGAAUUGAAUUUCAAAUCUCUGUCUUAGACGCCAUAUGUUUUCUUCGGGGAAAUUUUAAAAAGACUAUAAUGUUUUAUAAAAGAUGUUUUUAACGUUAUUUGGACAUUACAGUACAAAUAUAUAAUUGAGAACCCGAUUUUGGGGAGCUGAAUACUUCAGAAAUAAUUUUAGUUCGGGUAACAUUAGGCUCAAUUUAUUCUAGUAGUAAGUAGGUAGUAAUACCUAAAACAGAUAAGCACCAACAAAGUAAAUUAAUCGUUUACGUAAUACUUAGAUAUUAUAAUAUAAUGGAAAUUAAAUUUUUAUUUACAUGCUUUAAUUACUUUUUAGUUUAUGAACAACUUUUAUGCAAAUUAUAGCUAUUUCGUAUUCAUUUGUUUAUCUAUAUACGACAAGACAAUUAUUUUAUGUUAUAAACUGUGCUAAAAAAAAAAAAUCUAAUUAUUUCUUGUUUCCUGUUCUUUUCUCUCUCUGCUUUAGUACUUUCGUACUUUCACUUUCUCCAAAUGUGUCAAAAUUAAUAUUGUAAAGUGAAUUUAGUGUCACAGAUAUACUAGAGUUGUACAAUAAAAAGUGAUAAUGAGUAUGACGCAAUUAUUUUUU